AUGGGUAAAGUCGGACGCUUCUUCUGUAUCUUGACGCCUAUGGCGCUCUCGAUUGCGUCGCUCAUCUGUUUGCUCGUUGUCUUCCUGGGCAGCGUAAACAAGAACGACAGCAACCUGUCCAACAUCUACUUCAUGAAGGCGGACACAUCGGGAUUCAAAUCCAAUGCUAGUAGUACAGCGAGUGAUAUUCUCGGCGAUGUCGGUGUCGACAACUCAAUUUUCAAGAUGCUUGACUCGGUCGUGGGGUCCAAUUUGUCCGACGUCUACACCGUUGGUAUCUGGAACUACUGCGAGGCCGACAAGAACGGCACCGGCGGCCUGAAGUUCACGCACUGUGGAUCGCGGCACAGCGCGUACUGGUUCGAUCCCAUUGAUGUCUGGGGCCUGAACAGGACGGGUACCUCGAACGAGGUCCCGAAGGAUCUGCAGAAGGGUCUCAAGGCGUACGAGAAGGUCGCCAAGUGGAUGUUUGCUGCCUACGCCGUCGCCUUCUGGCUGACGGUUGCGGAGAUUGCUGUGGGCAUCUUCGCCAUUUUCAGCCGCUGGGGCAGCCUCGUCACCACGAUCCUCACUUCCGCGUCCACUUUCUUCACGAUCGCUGCCUCGAUUACCUCGACCGCGCUCUACACCACCCUGGUCGGAACCCUUGACUCGGUCCUUAAGAAAUACAACAUCAAGGCCUCCCUCGGCGGCCACAUGAUGGCCGUUACGUGGCUGGCCGUGGCCUUCUCGAUCGGCGCUGGCCUGUUCUGGUUCCUCAGCUCGUGCUGCUGCUCCGGCAAAUCGGACAAGCGCGGCCGCAAGAGCAUGACGGUCGAGAAGACGCCGUACACGUAUGAGCGCGUCGAGAGCCCGUACGCCGGCCCCAACGAUGGCACGCACCACACCAGCUGGGCCGGUCAGCAGGUCCCGCUCAAGGACAUGCACAACCAGAAGGCAACGGCCUACGAGCCGUUCAGGCAUAAUUAA